CGUUUUUAACGAAUUUUCUUUCCAGCUGUAGUCUAGCAAAAUGUAAUAAACACAAAUAUAUUUACCUUUUUAGCUGUUAUUAUUGUUUUUUUCGCACGAUUAAAUCGUGAUUUAUUAUCACCAUCGUCCAUCGGUCAUCGGUGUAUUGCACUUGCUACCUAUAUUAUAUUGUACAGUUCAGAUUUUUGAAUGUCCGGCGGCAACAAUCAGAGAUUUCGUCCGCCGUGGGUGAAAGAUGGACUCGACCCAGUGCCGAAGGCUACUGUACCGUGGAGGACUAAAGAUAAGACUGCAGCUGCUGCUUCCACCGUCACCGAUGACCAACCACCGAUCGCGGUCGCCUCCGACGAAGCAAAACAUUUUAAAUUGAGAAAAGUUGGACCGUCAGAUGGCAGGAAAGUGACCGAAAUAAAAAUCGUGCCCAAAAUCGAUUACCAAGGCCCAUUGCAGAUCAACAGCAGAGUCGUGCCGGUGGCCGUCUCGCAAGUUCCGGAAAAGGCGAAAAAAAAGACAUCUGUGACUACCACCAUGGCAUCGCCGUCGUCAAAACCACCGCCUACCAAGGUGGUCCAGAUUCCUGUGACUUCAGCACCAGCACCACCUUCACCGCCGACCAAGGUGGUCCACGUUCCAGUGACUUCAGCACCGGUUCCAGCACCACCUCCACCGCCCCCGAAGCCACCGUCUGCACCAGCACCACCACCACCGCCUCCGCCGCCUGUAAUGCCAUCCCGGGCACCAGGGCCACCACCACCGCCACCACCUCCGUCGUCAGCAACCGCGAGUUCCAACAGCAGUUUACCACCCAUAUCUAACAAACCACCCACGCCGGAAAAAAUGAAGAAGUUGGAAUCGUUGCGGAGUCGACCGAGGAGGCGUCCGGACUGGUCGGAUAUGAUGAAAGAAGUUGAAAGCGGAAGGAAGCUGAAACACGUCGAGUGCAACGAUCGAAGUGCUCCGAUCAUACCCAGUAACAAGUCCAAGGGUCAGUUUUUGUACGAAUCCGAAACGAAAGCAGAAGAAACUGAUCACCACCAACUGCUGAAAGACAUCCAGCACGGUGUUAAACUCCGUAAAGUAAAGACGAACGACAAGAGCAAACCGUAUAUAGAAGGUCUUAGGAAGUUUAGAAGGCAAGAAACGAUUGAUGAAAAAAUACAAAAGUCCGUGUCGAUGGCUGACGUUGUGGCCGCCGCUGCAGAGCCUGAUGAACUCGAUGACAUUGAUAAAGUGCGAGACGACUUGCAGUCAGCCAAACAAAUGCUCGCAUUGGAAUUGCGAAGCAAAGAGGCAUUGGAACGAGAAAAUAAACGACUUUUGGCCAGAGUUACAAAUCUACAAGAAGAACUCAAAGACAAACCACAAGGUACCUCUGGACCGAUGAGAUCAGACACGGACCAACAG